CAGGCUGCUAUAAUUAGCUGCCUCCCCGCUCCACGGCCCCUGUGUGCAGGCAGCAUAUGUUGGAGCGGAGCGGGGGAGUUUUUGGAGCUGCUCCGCCGCAGCACACACUUCCGUGUUGUGUGUCACCGUAAAGCAGGAAGCACUGUAGUAAUGUGUAGGAGUUGAUCCGUCCUGCUGCUGUUUACCUACAGAGUCGUCAUUCCGAUGCCAGGUGAAGUGAAGCAGCAGGAGAAGCUACAUGGAGGCUAACUAACCCCCCGGACCAAUCGCGGCUCGGCAAACGGAGGAACUGCGGUACAUUAGCAGCAGAAUGCCAGCCGGAGUCUGUGGCUGCUGUGGGCCGCUGAGGCCGAGGUACAAACGCCUGGUGGACAACAUCUUCCCUGAGGACCCCAAAGAUGGCCUCAGUAAAUCGGACAUGGAGAAGCUGACCUUCUACGCUGUGUCGGCUCCAGAGAAACUGGACAGGAUCGGAGCGUACCUGGCUGAGAGGCUGAGCAGAGAUGUUGUGCGACAUCGCUACGGGUACGUGGUGAUAGCCAUGGAGGCUCUGGACCAGCUGCUGAUGGCCUGUCACUCUCAGAGCAUCAAACCCUUCGUGGAGAGUUUCCUGCACAUGGUCGCCAAGCUGCUGGAGUCCAGGGAACCGGACCUGCAGGUCCUGGGAACCAACUCGUUUGUGAAGUUUGCCAACAUUGAGGAGGACACGCCGUCCUACCAUCGCCGCUACGACUUCUUUGUGUCUCAGUUCAGCGCCAUGUGCCACUCGACUCACGAAGAUCCUGAAACCAGAACCAGGAUCCGCGUGGCGGGGAUCAAAGGUCUGCAGGGCGUGGUGAGGAAGACGGUGAACGACGAGCUGCAGGCCAUCAUCUGGGAGCCUCAGCACAUGGACAAGCUGAUCCCAUCCAUGCUCUUCAACAUGCAGGACAGCGAGGACCUGGACAGGGCGGGGCACCCCAGCACACCAUCGGGGGCAGGUCAGGAUGGCGAGGAAAACCCGGCGGCGCUGGCUGAGAGCUGCUUCAGAGAGCUGCUGGGCAGGGCGGCCUACGGCAACAUGAACAACGCCGUCCGACCCGUCUUGGUUCACCUGGAUAAUCAUCACCUGUGGGACCCCAACGAGUUUGCUGUGUCCUGCUUCAGAAUCAUCAUGUACUCCAUCCAGGCUCAGCACUCCCACCACGUCAUCCAGCAGGUUCUCAACCACCUGGACACCCACAACAGGACCACUCCACGGGUCAGAGCCGGCAUCGUGCAGGUCCUCCUGGAGACGGUGGCCAUUGCUGCCAAAGGCUCAGUGGGUCCCACAGUGCUGGAGGUCUUCAACACUCUCCUCAAACACCUGCGGAUGAGCGUGGACUUCGAGCUGGGCGAGAGCUCGAGGAGAAACUCCAGCACCAGCGUUUGUUCUGGCCGCGGCAAAGAGAGCGAAGAGCGGAUCGUCCAGAACGCCAUCAUCCAGACCAUCGGCUUCUUCGGUGGAAACCUGCCAGACUACCAGCGAGCUGAAGUUAUGAUGUUCAUCAUGGGCAAAGUGCCAGUGUACGGGACCCCCUGCCACACCCUGGACACCGUCAAGAUUGGGCAUCAGGGCACCAAGAGGAUCCAGACCAUGCUGCUCAGCUCCCUCAUCAUGGUAACCUCCGGCUUCAAGUCUAAGUCCAUGGCAGCUGCUUUGCCUCCUCCUUUCCUGGACCCCCUCUUCUCCAUCUCUCUGAUGGAGGACAGCGAGCUGAGGCAGCUGGUGCUCGAGAUCCUGCACAACAUCAUUGAUCGCCAUGACAACCGCGCCAAGCUACGCGGCAUCAGGAUCAUCCCGAAUGUCGCGGCGCUGAAGAUUAAAAGAGAGAAGAUUUCCAAGCAAGACGUCGCCUUCAUGAAGAAGCACGGCCAGCAGCUCUACCGUCACAUCUACCUGGGCUGUAAAGAAGAGGAUAACGUCCAUAAAAACUUUGAGCUGCUCUUCACCACCCUCGCCAUUCUGACCAUCGAGCUGGCCAACGAGGAGGUGGUCAUUGACCUCAUCCGGCUCUCCAUCGCUCUGCAGGACAUGGCUCUGGCCAACGAGGAGAACAUGCCGAUGUUUAUUCGCUGUGGCAUCAUGGCGUUGGUGGCGGCGUACCUCAACUUCCUGAGCCAGAUGAUUGCCAACCCUCCGUUCUGCCAGCACGUCAGCAAGGUUAUCGAGCUGAGGAACAUGGAUGCUCCAUACCUCCUCCCAGAGCACAUCUUCAGGGACAAGUGUCCACUCCCUGAAUCGCUGGACAAAGAGGACAGACAGCUGUACUUCCAGACGUGCGACAUGGCAGAGUGUCUGGCAGGACCCGGAUACAACGCAGAGAGACUCUCCAUCCCCUACGUGCCCCAAGUCACAGAUGAAGACCGUCUGACCAGGAGGAAGAGCUUUGUGGACACAAUCUCACUCCAAGUGGACAUCAUGUCCAACAGCCUUCCAGACAAGUCUCAGCUGGCCGAGGAGAUCACGUUCGAGACCCUGAAGAAGGCCAUCGAUACCACGGGCCUGGAGGAGCAGGAGAGGGAGAAGAGGCGUCAGGUGAUGGAGAAGUUCCAGAAAGCUCCGUUUGAGGAGAUUGCCGCUCACUGCGAGUCCAAGGCCAACAUGUUGCACAACCGCCUGGCACAAAUCUUCGAACUCACAAUUCGGCCGCCUCCCAGCCCGUCCGGAGUGGUUUCCAUCUCAGCGGGACACACGCAGCACCAGUCCGUACCUGUCUACGAGAUGAAGUUUCCAGACCUGUGUGUCUACUGAACAUAACCAUCACACACACACACACACACACACACACACACACACACACACACACACACUGUAAACUUAAAAAUGCUGAAAAAGAACAACACACUCUGCACUCCAGUUUCCUUCAGACGAGCACAAAGUCAGAGGAGCUUUCAGGAACACAAAGUGCAGCAGAACAGCCGGUUUCAGUUUGAUAUAAAGAAGAGUUACAGAAACAUAACUUCCGUGAUCAGUUCCUAAAUCAGUUUAUUUUCAUCCGUUUAGCUUGAGAGCCUGAAAACUGAAAACGGUUCUUCUGAAUCCGAGGCUGUCGCUGUGUGAUCCGUUUUAAAAACCUGUGGAAUCUGAACCUAAACCAGCUCUGAAUGAACCGGUUUGCUGCAUUUUGUUUCCUGACUCACGCCCCUGACACACAACUUAAGUUUUAAAUGACAAAGAACAAAAAAAAAAAAACAGCUUUCACUUUGAGAUUUCAGUGAUUUGAUGCUGAUUCUUGAAUCUUGGUGUUUGCUUCCAAGCAUGACUCUGAUCCAGUCAGUCACCGCUUCACACCUUGUACAUACGCUCUAGUCUAAAAUGAAACUCCUGUAGGACUAAAACCGGAUUCAGGCUUAAAGAUAUGAAGCUGGUUUGAACGCUCCGGCCUCAGAGUCAGCUUCUGCCUCCUAACGUAUCCGUUCUCAUGUUGAUCAAUAGGCGUCACUUCAGUAACUAACCAGUAGAAAUGUACAGUAUACUAACUGUGAGCUAUUUAAGCUGAGCUAACUUCCGUGGUGGUAGAAGGCAGGUUAGUUUUAGACUCAGCGCUGCUCGGCUGUUACUCCCUGUUCGGUCUCAUCAGUCUCCUCUGUUCACUCUUUGCUCUUUAAAGAUAAAUAAGCAUCAGAAACGACUUCAGCAGCCAGUUAGGUUUCAUGUGGGGAAAUGAAGUGAUAGCGGAACAUUGAUUUGCUGCUCGGCAGAGAGGGAGAUGUAUUUCCAGCAGGGGCUCAGCAGAAAUGACUCGGUGAUUGCAUGUUUGCUUCAGACGUUGCGUUCAGGUUCCCGGUGAUGAUGCCAUCGUGGACAGCUGCGGUGGAACGGUGCAGAUGUUCGGGUCUGAUUUCUUUUUUUUCCUGAGGGCUCGUUUAGAAACACCGGCUUGGUACGUGGCUCUUGAAUAUAGAGUUGGACUGAAGUUGACAUGAGAGGAAAAGGAGGAGAAUUUUCCCAGAAAUCUCACAGAAAUCCAUUUUUUAUUUCCCAGAUUUUCUAAAAAAAAUCCUGAGAGCUUGGCUUGUAAUGACCAAAGGAACAGAAUCUGGAGUGUUGGUGAAUCCCGUUCCAAGCAGCAGCAGAGAACAAAAGUCAGAAGGUCUUCCUCAGAGCUUCCCAGUCAGCGACAACAUGUUUGAUAGGGAGAGAAAACAAAACAAAAAAAAAUAUAUUUUUAUGGAACAGUGUUACCAGCAUGAGCCGGCGGACAUUUAACUGUAAACUGAACUGAUUUCCAGCCUUUUUUCAUUUAUCGUAGAAGAAGAAUUUGACUGAUCACCGUUGUUUUUUCGUCAGAUGCCUGAACCGACAGAUCAUGAAAAUUCAGACUGAGCACAAAACCUAAACUGUAAUACACUGAGACCUGUGGCGUCUUUAGGGACGUGAAUACGUUUAAGGCACAAUUCAGUUCUCUUUUUUUCUAUUACAUUCAAAUACCGACACUUUGGUUCAACAUUACAGCGCGUGCGUGCGUGCGUGUGUGUGUGUGUGUGUGUGAGUGGUGGAGUCCCCCUUUAGUAAACGUUAUAUCUGUGAGUCACUUUACAACAACCUGUAAAGCUGCGUCAGCGAGCGCUACGGCGCACCUGUGUGAACCGCUGAACCAGCCUGAGGUGGAUCAGUUUCAGCCCUGAGGUGAUGUGCCCCCCCUCUCUUUUUAAACAUCCAAUUUCGCGCGUGUCCCAGUGCUAGAGACGCUGGGGCAGGGGGCAGCCUAGUGAGGCGCCCGGGGAGCCGCGCUCUUUGUGCGCCACGGGUCUCAUAUCAUAUUGGAUGAUAUGAGUCAUAAAUCUGUUGCCCCCAGAUUCUACCUGUGACAUCGGCUGUAAGAAAAUCUCUCUUCCUUUGGAGUUAGAUUUUGUCCAGUGCAGUGACUUUGUUCUGUGCUUCCUGUGCACAGCUGGCCCGUUCACCGUGAACAUCUGUGACUCAGCCGUGGCUUGAACUCCUCGCUGCUCUGCUGUCAGCAGCUUCUAAAAAAAAAAAAAAAAACCAAAACAUGUUUUGUUGCCAAAGAUUCAAACGGUCUUAAUCUCAGAAAGCUGCGUGUUGUCUGAGCCGGCGUGUGAGGCGGGAUCAUACGGAGAGUUUCAUUCCUCAUCAGAGUUCACGUCCCCGCUGAACGUGCUCAGAUCAGCCGGCGUCUUCAGCCCCUCUGAUACAAAGCGGUGACAUUUUGGAGGAUUUAACCUCGAGGCCGCGUUUUGUUUCCUAAAGAGUUACAGGAGGCGUUUUUUUUUUUAAUGAGAGCCUUCAUAUCCGGAAGCUGCAGCUGGGAUCUGUGAUAACAGAUGGUUAUCAGUGUUUUCUCUGAUCUGAGCUCAGUGUAAGAAGAAAAACCCCUGCAGUCGGAGGCAGAUACCUGCUGCCUUCAUCUGGUCUGAGCAGCUGUUCAGAGCGCGGCUCAGCCUCAGCUGUAGCCCUUCAGCUGAGGCUGAAGGUCGGUCAGUGUUUCACUCACAGGGGGUUUGGUUCGUCUGAGUGCGUCUUAAAAACAUUAAAUCAGUCGACUCGUUUGUUUUCUGGUCCGGUCUGGAUGAGAUGAUGAGUUGAACAGAAUGAGAUGGUGAAAGAUGAAGAAGGAGAAGUAGAAGAUGAGGGAGGAGCGGUGGAGGUGUCUGAGCUCUGCUCAGUAGGAUGUGGUCGCGUACGUUUCCGAUGGUUUUGUGUGUUUUCUGUUGUUGGGAGCAGGUUGUGUUUCUGAAGGUUGGCUCGGUGAACAGCUGCACACUGGAUCAGUACGAACACUGAGAGAAACGCUCCAGGUGUUACCGACCUUUCACCCUGAGAUCUCAUCACGCUGUGGCUUUAAAUUCACAGGCCCACGGUCCGACGUCGUUUCACAGACAGCGAACCCUGACGCAGACUGCAGGUUAACACGAGGCGCAUUCUUCUGUGUGGUGUUUAGCCUGUGACAGUGUGUGAGUGGCAGGUGAUUUUCAGAAUAAAGCAGCCAGACUGAGCAUCAGCUACCAUGUUAGCCGAGUUGUAGAGUCAGAGGACGGAGCCUGAAUGAGAGAAAAAUCCCUGCGACUGUUUCCUCUCAUGUAUGAAAUAUUCUCCACUGAUGCAUUAAACUCAUUCAUUAUCUUUUACGCAUAUUUACGCAAAGUAACGUCUCAGCUUUAAACGCGAUCUCUCAUCAUUUAAAAUCAUAGGAUCAUAGCUGUACUUUACCUGCAUGGCGUCGACCCCUGAGCGGGUGCUGGGAAUAUAUCUUUAAAAUAAAUAAAUAAACUAAACAACAUCUAAACAAGUUAUUUCAUCGACUGGAUCUUAAAUUCAGGGUUUUUUCUCCGAACAGAUGAAACACGAGCCGGAAACAACGGGAACAAAGUUUUGAAUCAAAGUUAACGUGUUCGGAGGAAACAGCAGAUGAGUCGUUUGUUUGUUUAGAUGUGGCUGGAAAACAUAAUCACUUCUUCUCAUGAAUGUGUCAUUAAAGCAGUAUAUCAUAUAUUUUUGUACAUUUUCUGCAUCAUGCGUGGUCAGACUGUUGCCUGGUAGAGAUUUAGAGAUCGGGAGAAUUAUUCUUGUCGAUCACAUUUAUCGAGAUGAAAGCAGAUGCUGAAUUCUUUAUUAAUUCUUUAUUUCUUUGUUGUUGUUGUUGCUGUUGUUGUUGUUGUUGUUUACCAUGAAGUUGACGGUUCAGGGUUUCAAUGGGAUUGUGCAGUUCUUACCAGUGUGGGAGAAACAGACUCACUUAUAUAAAAUAUGACUUGAUUUUUUUAUUAUUAUUAUUAUUGUAGAAUGAAUUACAUCAUUUAAAAUAUGAUGAACACGUGAAUAUUAUAUCUACAGUCAGAUGAUGUCACUUAUUUUUGCAUAAUACAGAGAAGCAGAGUGAAUCAGUUCAUUUUAGCAUCUUUUUUUUUUUUUUCCGGAGAAGUUGCAGCUUUGGUUCAGACUCAGUCAUCAGCAAAGUUUCAGUCCGUUCACUCAGAAAUGUGCCAGAAACCAACGCUGUGAAGGAUCACGGGACAAACAGCCGCCUCACCAGCAUCACUGCAAACCGCUUCCACCGUUUGUUUUGAUUCACCAGAAUUCACACGCCCUUUCAGCCCAUUCACAGUGACUGAGGCUCAGUGCCUGAGGCCGGUAACUCUGAUAACUCUGGAACUUGCCUGAGAAUCAUCACUUUUUUAAGUUUUCUUCAGGAUCAAAUUGAUCCAGUGACAGUCGUCUGUAUAUUUAUGGCCACACUGCACAAAGAAACUGCAAAUAGCUAAUUCGGCAUCGUUUUAAUGGCACCAGUUUGAAUCUGUCCCGAGCUGAUCUGAAUCUGUCCUCUGUCCUGAGCUGAUCUGAAUUUGUCCUCUGUCCUGAGCUGAUCUGAGUCUGUCCUCUGUCCUGAGCUGACCUGAGUCUGUCCUGAGCUGCAGCUUCUUCCGAACAGAGAAAACCGACUGAGGUUUAAAUCAGAGGAAAUGAUCUCAGAAGAGUCUAAAGUUGAGCUGAACUCAGAAACCAGUGAUUCAUCUCUGCUGCUUCUGGUAAAUGAUUCGUAUGUUAAACAGAUUUAUCUCCGUCAGUCGUUUGAAUCGUAGCAGAUGUUUUAACACAUAUUAAAAUAAAAGAGUUAAUGUCCGCUGCGAUGAAACAUGACAUUGUGUUUGCACUUUGAUCACUGUGUACCUGGUACUGGAGCUACAAUCAAUCAGCACAGAUUAGUGUUUGGUACAGAUGGAAAGUUAGAGAUAUUUUUUUCCGCCAUGCUCAGUUUAUGAAAUCUUGCAUUCAGGAAUGACUCCGCGUGAAACUGUAAAAACUGUCCCUCCUGACCGGUGAUUUCAGUCUCACGAGCUUAAAAUUAAGACGAGAAGAAAUCAGGAGAUGGGGUGAAGUCCUUUCACCUUCCUUACUCCAAAUGCUGGACACAAAACCUGCUGUAAAAAUAGGAACGAUGAACUUUGGUCGCUUUUCAGGAUGGACAGUUUUCAGUUUUACAGCUGAAUUCUGCAGGAAAACGUUUGUUUUUCAUGUUGUUGAUGCAACAGUUUGUGUGUUUGUGCCAGUUUUAGAGUUAAAGGUGUCACGUCUGUGCUCAGCCUUCACAGUGACAAACUGCUAAAGCUCGGCUUUGUUUCAACACACCGAUGAUUUAAACCACGGAGCGCUGCGGCUCGGCUCCGGCUGCGGGUUCAGGAAAUGAGUUCACGUUCAGCAGGAAUUUUACUGCGUUGCUCUGAAUAUUUCCACAGCCCCGAAUCCAUGAAGUGUUGAAUCAUUAAUGGAAAAAACAGUUAACAUUCACCGAACACACACGUGUCGGCUGUUUUCUUGAACGAAGCUUCUGUCCGGAGUCUGACAGUGAAAUUCAUUUCCUUGAACCGCAGCAGCAGCAGCAGCAGAGCCUCAGCACUUUACUGCAGAGCCUCUAUUUAAUAGUACGUUGUGCAUUGAGAUAAAUGUUCAAGAGACUAAAAUAAAAUGUUUCUAUCAAA